AACCUCCUGUCUUCAGUCCCUCUUCAUACAACUUCUCCCAGGUCCUUGGUCAUUCUUUGUGUCCUCAGAAUCCCUCUCUAGUCUCUGUCCUGAGAUGUGAAGGCUGCUGCGUAGACAGCACGUAUACAGGAGGCCUCUCUUUAUCCAGUGGACUUGGGUGUAACCCUUCCUUACACUGGCUCUCUUGAAUAGUUUCUAAUGAGAUGAGUUUAGUCAUUCGAAAUCUGCAGAAAGUCAUCCCCCUCAGGAGAAUCCCACUUCGCAGAAGAAUAGAAAUCCUUCAGAAGAUUUUGGACGUGCAGCAAUUCGACCUGGGCAUUAUCUGUGUUAGUAACAGAAACAUUCAACUUCUCAAUAACACCUACAGGCAAAAAAAUGUCCCCACUGAUGUGCUUUCCUUCCCUUUUCAUGAGAAUCUGAAAGCAGGUGAGCUGCCUCAGCCUAAUUUUCAAGACGAAUACAAUCUCGGUGAUGUUUUCCUAGGAGUAGAGUAUAUCUAUCAGCAGUGCCAAGAAAAUGGAGAGGAUUUCUACAGCAUUCUUACAACAGGUGACUGCAGCUCAUGGACUGUGCCAUUUGCUGGGAUACCAGCACAACACAGAAGCGGAGUGGGAGCAGAUGUAUCAGAAGGAAAAACAAAUUCUUGAGGAGCUAAAUGGAAUCACUGGUGCAAACCUCCAGCCACUGACUAAAAACCAUUUCUGAUCGCAUCACAAGAAAGAGAGAGAAGACCCCGAAAAAAAAAUCCUUACCCUAUUAAGAAACCAAGUAGCAUGGAUACAACUAACUUAUGUAUUAACCUAGAUAUCUGUUAAAUAAAUCACUUAACUUCAUAUAAUGUCAACAGAAUGCCUUACAUUGUAGUGUGUCAUAAAAUUCAGCCAAACAGCUUCUCUCUCAAGCAGAGUGCAGUUGUAUAUGUAACUUGUAACCAGCAAUGGACUCCAGUAUCAAACAACAGAAAUGCGUGUUGAAGUAUCUGCUGGAGACCCACAGAAGCAGCUGAAAACUACAGUGGAAUCUGUAUUUCAAUUCAUUAAAUUGUUCAAAUAUAA